GUGCGCCUACCGGUCUUGGUCUCUGUGAAUGUCUUCUAUGUCUAGUCUUUGCCUUCCCUGUUGGGGUGAGGGCAGUGUAUCUCUGGGUGACCGCCAUGUCCAUAUCCUUGGUUGUGUGUGUGUCUGCCUUUAUUUCUGCCCACGGUGUCUCUGUGUGAGGGUGUCAUCCAGGUGUCCACCUGUGUCUCGUCUUUCACUUUGUAGCUGUGUCCCUGGGUGUGAGUGUGUCUGUGAGCAUGGGGUGUGUCUCUCCCGAAGUCCGCCGCGUCAGUGUCUCUACCUUUCUGUGUGUGUGUGUUCACCUGUGUGUCUCUGUCUUUGGGCCUUUCUGGGUGUUUGUAUGCGAGUGCAUCUGGGUGCGACCCUCCUAAAAGCAUGUGUGAAAGACUGAACGCUUGGACAGGCAGGCCUAGCAGAGCUACCUCCCUUCUUGUCCUGCAGGUCUCCUGGCCUGGGGCCCCCAGAUUCCCCAGCUCCUUCCUGCCCCUCAGAGCCUUGUCCGGCUCAUAGAAGGCUCUGGAGUGUUGAGGGGGCAGGAAGUGUGUGGGUGACAGGAUGUGGGGCUAAGGCUUCUUCUCUUGCCUUCCACAGGACCUUCUUAAAGGAGGGUCAGAGUCCCCUACCCACUCCUGAGUGGGGUUGAUUUGUUCAGAGGAUGUGUAUUGGGCCCUCAAAGUGCUGUUCUGGGCACUUUGCUGGGACUUUCAUUUAUAAGCCUCCCAGUAACUCCAAGGUAGGGACCUCAUCAUCCCCAUUUUAUACAUGGGGAAACCGAGGCUCAGAGACUUAAGUGAAUGACCCAACUCUAUACCCAGGCAUCUGGGUUCCAGAGACCCCACACUUAACCACCAGACAAAUGGGAAAUCCUUUCUUCCUUUCGGCUCAUCUGACACACAGUUGCAGGAUUUUUUCCCCCAUGGGAAUCUUACCCUUAGAAACAAUGGAAGGAAGGAAAUGCCAGAAGACUCAAGGAAGGAGAGGAGGGAAGUAGCCACCAGCUUUGUAGCCACAUAGAUCUCAGGCCACAUGGGUUCAACAGUCACCAGCCCAGAGCAUGUCACUUCCAGGGCCUCUGUGCCUUCGUCGCCUUCAUGGACUCCUUUUUUCAUGAAAAGAAAAUAUAUAUAUAAUUUGUGAUUACAUUGAUAUGAAGACAAAUAUAAUCCAGGCUGGAUUAGAGUCACUUUUUUUUUUUUUAAUGAUCUUAAAUUAAGACAUUCUCGUGGGCCCCUACAGGUAUCAGGGGCCUUGGGCUCGCUGUGCCUCGUGGGUAAGUCGGCUCUGGUCAUGUCCACGUCCGGCCAAAGCCAGUGUUGUUGACGUCACAGUAUAGGGAUGGGAGUCAGAUGGAGAUUGCCAGUCCAGAAAGAAUACUCUUUAAAAAAUUAAAUUCUGUUUAAGAAAUUAUGACAUUACUAUGAAGUCACUCACCCAGGGAAACAAUCAAAGGAAUAUAAGAAAAAAAAUUAAUAACUCCCCCUUGUUUUUUUUGUGUUUGUUGGUUUGGUUGGAUUCUAGGAACAGUACUAUAAUAAACAUCUUUUUUCCCUAUAUAACCUUUUACAUGGAGUUUUUGUUGCUAUGGGCAGAGUCCCGGGAACAAGGCUGCUGAGUUAUGGGGUUUGUGUUUUGCCAGCUCACUCUCCACAAAUGUUGAGUGACUCCCGUUCCUUCAGCUGUGUGUGGGAGGUCCAUUUCUUUGCAUCUUUGCCAGUGAUAGAAGUUGGCUUAUUUGUUCACUCAGCUCUAUGUUUGGGUACCUCUGGCUGUUAUCCUAGAUGCUGGAAACACUAUCCAAAAAUGAUCGUCUCUGCUCCCCAGGGGCUUGCAUUCUGGUGAAGGGAAGACAGAUGAUGAACUUGAAAAUCUUUUAAAGAGACAGUUGUCAACAAUGAUGUGGGCUAUAAGAAGAUGGCAGGGGUGGGCGUUGGUUGCUACUUGAGCUCAGGGCCCUGGGAGUGGGAGACUUCUCCAUGGAGGUGACAUUUGAGCUGACAGUGAGAAGGAGCCAGCCAGGGGAAGAGCAUUUCUGGCAGAGGAAGCGGCAGAUUCGAAGGCCACUGUACCUGGGGCCAAGUGUUUGAGAGGGGAGUGGAGUGGGAGCGGGAAGGCCCUCGGGGCAGACUAUAAGGGCCAUGUGGGCAGCGGUGAAGACUGGAUGAUUUCUAAGGCUGUGGGAAGCCACCGGAGAGUUUUAAGCUGGAGGAUGUUUUUGUGGAGGGCUUGCUGCGGGCCGGGCACGCUGCUGUGGGGUUUGCAGACGUGAAGUGGUGGGGACACAAGCCCAUACCUUUGUGAUCCUUUGUGAUGUACAGCGGGGCUUCUUUUUUAAAAUAAUUUUAUUGCUUUUUAAUUUGAAAUUUCACUGUUUAAAGUUUAUAGGGACCAACAUUUAAUUUGACAGUAUUCUUUUUUUAUUGAAGUAUAGUUGAUAUAUAGUGUUGUGUUAAUUUCUGCUGUACAGCGAAGCAAUUUAGUUAUAUGUAUUCUUUUUCAUAUUAUUUUCUAUUAUGGUUUAUUACAGGAUGUUGAAUAUAGUUCCCUGUGCUAUACAGGAGGACCUUGUUGUUUAUCCAUUCUAUAUAUAAUAGUUUGCAUCUGCUAACCCCAAACUUCCAAUCCUUCCCUCCCCCUUGGCAACCACAAGUCUGUUCUCUAUGUCUGUGAGUCUGGUUCUGUUUCAUAGAUAAGCUCAUUUGUGUCGUAUUUUAGAUUCCACAUUUAAGUGAAACUAUAUGGUGAAAUGGGGUCAGUGGAAAUAGUGCCCACCUUGCAGGAGUGUUAGGAGGAUUAAGUGAGAGGUGUUGCUCUAGUGCUUUGCAGGCGGUAAGCACCCUGAAUGUUAGCUGUUAAUGUAUGUGCGUGUUCCUGUCUCCUGCCCCUCUGUGGGCAUGUGUGUGUCUGUCCUGUGUGCAUUGUGAGGUGGGCCUAGGCCUGGUCUCUCACCGUGCCUCCCUCUCCUUCCCCCCUGACCAGAGCCCGCCGUUCCCGGUCACCGUGGGCAGUGGAGGGAUGGCCGCCCAGCUGCUGACUGAUGAGGCCCUGGAGUCAGUGACGUUCAGGGAUGUGACUGUGGACUUCACCCAGGAGGAGUGGCAGCAGCUGGAACCUUCCCAGAAGGACCUGUACAGAGAUGUGAUGCUAGAGAACCUCCAGAACCUGGUCUCACUGGACUUGGAAAUGAGACCUGAAAUGAAAGAACCGGACCUGAAGGAAGAGAUUUCGGAAGACAGACCAUCCGGGGCCUGGGGUUCAGCCGUGGACGGAGCGCGGACGCAGGGUGACAGGGUGGAGUCGCGGCGGGGAAGCGCUAGGACCUGCCCGGGGCGGCUGGAAAUGUCCCGGGAGUCGGACCCCGAAUGUCGUGAAUUGCUGGCGUUCGUUAACCAGAGCCCCACCCCGGCGCCACCCAGGUCGGGGGGUCCGCGGGAAGCAGGGGUCCACCCGUUUGCCAUGCGGGGCAAGAACCUCGCAGGUAACUCGGACCUUGGUAAACCCUCCAGACCGGAUGUGGAGAAGAAAUCCUACGACUGCAGCGAGUGUGGCAAGGCUUUUGGCCGCAGCUCGUCGCUGGUGAAACACCAGCGCAUCCACACCGGGGAGAAGCCCUUCCAGUGCGACGUGUGUGGGAAGCACUUUCUGGAACGGUCGUCGCUGACCAUCCACCAGCGGGUCCACACGGGCGAGAAGCCGUACGCGUGCGGGGACUGCGGCCGCGCCUUCAGCCAGAGCAUGAACCUCAUCGUGCACCAGCGCACGCACACCGGCGAGAAGCCGUACGCGUGCGGCGUGUGCGGGAAAGCCUUCCGGAAGACCUCCUCCCUCGCCCAGCACGAGCGGGUCCACACGGGCGAGAAGCCGUACGCGUGCGGAGAGUGCGGCAAGGCCUUCCGCCAGAACAUGCACCUGAUCGUGCACCAGCGCACGCACACGGGCGAGAAGCCGUACGUGUGCGGCGAGUGCGGGCGCGCCUUCAGCCAGAACAUGCACCUGACGGAGCACCAGCGCACGCACACGGGCGAGAAGCCGUACGCGUGCGGGGACUGCGGCCGCGCCUUCAACAAGAGCUCGUCGCUGACGCUGCACCGGCGCAACCACACGGGCGAGAAGCCGUACGCGUGCGGCGAGUGCGGCAAGGCCUUCAGCCAGAGCGCCUACCUGAUCCAGCACCAGAGGCUGCACAUCGGGGUGAAGCCUUUCGAGUGCGGCCAGUGCGGCAAGGCCUUUAGCAAGAACUCCGCGCUGACCCAGCACCAGCGCAUCCACACCGGCGAGAAGCCGUACGCGUGCUACAUCUGCAAGAAGCACUUCACGGGCCGCUCGUCCCUGGUGGUACACCAGAUGGGCCACACCGGCGAGAAGCCGUAUGCGUGCGGCGAGUGCGGGAAGGCCUUCAGCCAGAGCGCCUACCUCAUCGAACACCAGCGCAUCCACACGGGCGAGAAGCCGUACCGGUGCGCGCAGUGCGGCAAGGCCUUCAUCAAGAACUCCUCGCUCACAGUUCACCAGAGGAUCCACACCGGGGAGAAGCCCUACAGGUGCGGCGAGUGCGGGAAAACCUUCAGCCGGAACACCAACCUCACGCGGCACCUGAGGAUCCACACCUAGGGUGCUUGGGGCGCCCCAGUCUACACCAGGGAGGAGUGGUCCAUGCCCCUUCCUGGAUGCAAGUGUGAAAUGCGGUCUCUGGCAGGACAGCUGCGUCCCAGGACGAACUCUGCACCAGGAAGGAAGGAAAGUGAGGAGUGUGGGGGGUUACUGUCUCCCCCUGCCACCCAAAAUGCAAGUGCCAGGUACGCAGGUGAUGUUCAGCACCAAGGACAGCAGCUGGUCUGAGCCACAGUAAGGGCUUCCCUGGUGGCCCAGUGGUUAAGAAUCCGCCUGCCAAUGCAGGGGACACAGGUUCGAGCCCUGGUCCGGGAAGAUCCCACAUGCCGUGGAGCAGCUAAGUCCAUGUGCCACAACUACUGAGCCUGCACUCUAGAGCCCGCGAACCACAGCCAUUGAGCCCACGUGCCACAACUACUGAAGCCCGCACGCCUAGAGCCCAUGCUCCGCAACAAGAAAAGCCACCACAAUGAGAAGCCCGUGCACCAAAACAAAGAGUAGCCACCCCUCGCUGCAACUAGAGAGAGCCCACGUGCAGCAACAAAGACCCAAUGCAGCCAAAAAUAAAUAAAUAAAUAUAUAUUUAAAAAGGCCUAGAGGGAAAUGAAAGAACGGAGCCAGCCAGUCUCCUCCACUUAGUCCCAGGAGCCCACCUGAGGGAACCACCAAGAGGGACCAUGAGACCAAACGGGUUUUGCCAGCCUGUGCUGAGGAAGGGUGUGGAAUUCCACAAAUAACUGUUGGUUGAUGGCAGGGGUUGGCCAGCCUUUUCUGCAAAAGGCCAGAGACUGUGUAUUCUUUGCAAGCCACAAAAGCUCUCUCUGUGUCAUAUUCUUUUCGCUUUAUUUUACAACCCUUCACUUUAUUUUACAGUGUGAAAGCCAUUCUUACCUUGGGGGCCAUGUGAAAGCAGGUCUGGCCCCCGGGCUGCGGUUUGCCAACCCCUGCCUGAUCUAAUCUCUCCCCUGGUAACGGGGAUAAUUUUUGGAGUCUGGUGCAACAUGAAAAUAUGGGGCCCUCUGUCCAGAGGUUAUUAAGCAUUUCAAAAUGGUGACUGCAGAGCGUGAGACCGAGCGUGGGCCAGGCCCUGUGUGGUUGCACAGGUCGCACACUGCUGAAGUACGGCAGCUAUCGCCUGUCCUGAGGGAAUUCUCAGGAAUGUGUCAUAAGCCCCAAGGGCAUCUCUUGACGUCCCUGAGUUAAUUCUAAAGUGAUGACGGGAGGAGGCUGAAACUUGGCCACCAUCUCAGGCCUCACCUGUGACAGGUUAUCUGGGAGAGUGGGCAGAAGGCUGGGCUCCCUGGCGGGCACCCCCGCAGCAGCGUGGGUCUUCUUGUGGCAGGUGAGGUUCCCGAUGCACCUGAAGGCCUUGCCACACACCUUGCGCUCAUAGGGCCACUCCCUGGUGGGGAUCCUCCGGUGCGCCGUCAGCAUGGGCUGGUGCCGGAAGUCUUUCCCACACUGCCCGCACUGGUAGGGCUUCUCCCCUGUGUGGAUUCGGCCGUGCUGGACCAGGGUGGACUUCCGCACGAAGGCCUUGCUGCACACGCCACACUGGAAGGGCCUCUCGUCACUGUGGAUGGCCUGAUGCUAGAGUAGGAAGGACACCUUCUGGAAGCUUCUCCCGCAUUCGCCGCAGCGGUAAGGGCUUCUCGCCCGUGUGGAUCUGCAGGUGAAUGGAGAGGUGCGCCUUCUGGCUGAAGGUCUUGCCACACUCCGUGCACUCAAAGGGUCUCUCUCCGGUAUGGGUCCGCCGGUGCACGGUGAGGUAGCCCUUCUGGCUGUAGGAUCUCCCGCAGGCUUUGCAGUGGAAAGGCUUCUCGCCCGUGUGGUUGCACCAGUACACCACGAGCUGCGCCUUCUGGCUGAAGGCCUUGCCGCACUCAUAGCACUUGAACGGCCGCUCGCCCGUGUGCGUGCGGUGGUUGUUGACCCGCUCGGAUUUCUUGCGGAAGGCCUUCCCGCACACCCUGCACGGGCGGGGCCUGUCGCCUCUGGCGGCCCACUGGUGCCCGAGGAGGGAGGAGCGCUUGGUGAAGCGCUUACCGCACAGGUCACACACGAAGGGCUUCUCCCUGGUGUGGAUGCGCUGGUGGUCCACCAGGUUGGUGAUGAGGGUGAAGGCCUUGCCUCACUCGCCGCACUUGUAGGGCCGCUCGCCGGUGUGUGUGCGCCAGUGCCCGAGCAGCUGCUUGUUCUGCACGAAGGCGCGGCCGCAUUCGGCACACCGGUAGGGCCACUCGUCCAUGUGGAUACGCCGGUGCACUGUGAGGUUGGCAAGCUGGCAGAAGGCCUUGCUGCCCUCGGCGCACGUGAACGGCUUCUCGCCGGUGUGGACGCGCCGGUGCACCGUGAGCGUGGCUUUCCUGCGGGAGCGUCUCCCACACUCGCCCCACGCGAAGGGUUUGUCCAGGGCGUGCACGCGCUGGUGCUGCGCCAGCUCGGUGCAGUGUGCAGAGGCCUCCCCGCACUCCUGGCACACAGGACUUCUCAGUGACGGCAGGGGCUCUCCCAGUUGGCAUUCCGCGGGCCGCACUUGUGGGGUCCCCUCCCUCCUGGAAUUCCUGGCUGGGGGUCUCCUGGCUGAUGCUCUGAAGGGGCCCUUCCUGAAGCUGUCCCGGCCUCUCCUGAUGCACAGCCCCAGGGGCAGCCACCUCCCAGAUCUUCCAGGUCCAGCUCAGGGGAUACUCCUGCAGAGACAGCUUCCACUGGGCCAUUCCUCUCCAGUCUCCAUUUCUGAAAGAGACAGAAAACACGAAUGUCACCCACGUCACCUACUCCCAGAGCUGGAAGGGGUGAGGGCUGGGGGCUGGGAAAGCAAAGAGAAGCCUCCUCAAGUACUUGCCAAGGGCUCUAGAAUGAGGUCUAGUGUGUGUGUGCAGUGGACAGAAUAUAUGUGCCCCCCCCCCCGCAAAUUCAUAUGUGGAAAUCCUAAUCCCCAGGUGAUGGCAUUAGGUGGUUGGGAGGUGAUUAGGUCAUAAAGGCAGAGUACUCACAAAUGGGAUUAAUGAGAUCUCUCUCACCCCUUCCUCCUUGUGAGGACACAGCGAGAAGGGGCCACCUAUGAACUAGGAAAAGGGCCCUCCCCAGAACCCCCCGUUUUACCCAGGGAGCUCAAGUUCUGGAAGUUCUCAAGCAUCACAUCCUUGUACAGGCCCCUCUGAGCCAGCUUCAGCUGCCGCCACUCCUCCUGUGUGAAGUUCAUGGCCACAUCUUUGAAUGUCACCAACUCCUGUGACAGCAAAGAUGUCUGGUUCAACCAGGCCGGCAGGGCUGGAGGAGCCAGGGAGGUGGGGCAAGGCCCUGGCCUCAGUGGGUUCUCCCAGGGAAUAUCCCCCUCCCCCAGCACAGAAUGGCAGUGGCACACAGUAGGUGCUCAAGAAACGUCAGCUGUCAUUAGGAUGACAUCAUUAUUACAGGGCUGGGACUGGAUUUGGUUUGGGGCUUCAGGGCUGUGUGGCAGUCCCCAAGGCCAUCCCAAAGUUUGAGGAUUCUCUAUGAGGACUUGUGGGACUUGGCAUAAAGUUGUAUUCGUGGCCACCCUGCCCCAGGUGACAGGGCACAGGCCCCGGAGGGGGGCUCCAGCAGGGCCUCAUUUGACUCGAGGCCCAACCUGAGCCACCCACGAGGAGGAGGGCAAGGAGCUGACACUACUCACCAGGGCCUUGUCAGCCGGCAGCUGGGCAGCCAUCCCUCCACUGCCCACAGUGACCAGGGGAUGGGUGGUGGGGUCUGGGGGCUGAUGGAACUGUGGUGGAGGGAGAGAGAAGGGGGACAGUGAGAGACCAGGCCUAGCCCUGCCCCCUGGAUUCACACACACACACACACACACACACACACACACAGCUCUUCUCAUCCAGAGAAACACAGAGACACAGCACGCACACACCCCAUGGGCUCAUGCUACCCAGACACCGCCACAGUGUGGUGGCUGGGGAAGUAGGGAGUGGGGAUGUCUCUCCCAGGUGGGUUCAGACCCAGGGCCACUCUGCCUAGACACCCCCAUCAGGACCUGGACCUGAGAUCCACCCUUAGGGCCAAGCGGCUGAGCCCCCACCACUGCCCCAGGCCCCAGCUUACACUUGGGGUCCGGCUCUGCUACCAGAUGAAAAAGCCCCCAGGAACAAAGGCCCAGGGACAGAGAAAUCAGUCCCCAGCUGCAGAGUGUUCAUCAUGCCCUUGACUGCUCCAUACUGCAUCAGUUUCCUCUGGCCACCAUCCCUGACCCAGCUCAUGGGGCUCUGGAGAGAACCAGGGCCUCUCACCUAGGCGCUGACCAAGGCCUUGACUGCCACUCUCCUUUGACACCUGUUGCCUGGGCUGGUGAACUGUGAGACUGCAGGAGCCAGAUACCUGGGUUUCAAUUCUGGCUCUGCCACUUACCUGCUGUGUAGCUUUGGGCAGGUUACUCAACCUCUCUGUGCCUCAGUUUCCUCAUCUAGAAAAUGGGCAUAAGGUCCCCAUCUCAUGGGGUCAUUAUGACAUUUCAACAAGUUAGUGUAAGUAACUCGUUAUGAACAGUGCUUGCCAUGUGGUAAGGGAUAUAUGUUUUAUUGUUGUUGUUAUUUUAUUAUCGCCAUCUAUAUAUUCAACAUUCUUCCUACUAAACUGGGCUUCCCUUUAUUAUGUUUUAUUCCAGUACCCUACAAAGGAUUUGGCUCACAACUAGCCACCCCCCACCCCCUCCUUUUUUAUUAUGCUCAAAUACACAUAAAAUUUAACAUUUUACCCAUUUUAAAGUGUACAAUUCAGUGGCAUUUAGCACAUUCAUAAUGUUGUGUAACCAUUACUGCUAUCUAGUUCCAAAACAUUUUCAUCACCUCCAAAGGGAAACCUUGCACCCAUGAAGCAGUCCCUCCCCAUUCCCUCCUCACCACAGGCCCUGGCAACCACCAAUCUGCUUUCUGUUUCCAUGGAUUUGCCUGUUCUGGACAUUUCAUACACAAGGAAUCCUACACUAUGUGGCCCUUUGUGUCUGGUUUGUUUCACUGAGCUGGGUGUAUUUGAGGUUCACCCAUGUGGUAGUAUGUAUCAGGGCCUCAUUCCUUUUCAUGGCUGAAAAAUGUUCCAUUGUGUGAACAUACCACGUUUUGUUAUCCAUUCUCUGCUAAUGGACAUUAGGGUUGUUUUCACAUUUUGGCUGUUGUAAUGCUGCCAUGAGUAUGCAUGGUCAGGUGCAAAUAUACCUUGCAGAUAUUGCGGGUUAGGUUCCCAACCACCACAAUAAGGCAAAUAUCGCAAUAAGGAGAGUCACACAAAUUUUUUGGUUUCCCAGGGCAUAUAAAGUUAUGUCUAUAUUAUACUGUAAUCUGUUAAAUGUGCAGUAGCAUGAUGUCUAAAAAAAAUGUACGUAUCUUAAUUUAAAAAUCCUUUAUUGCUAAAUAAUGCUGACCAUCAUCUGAGCCUCAGUGAGUGGUAGUUUUUUUGCAAUAGUAACACCAAAGAUCACUGAUCACAGAUCACCGUAACAAAUAAUUUUUAAAAGUUUGAAGUAUUUUCAGAAUUGCCAAAAUGUGACACAGAGACAAGAAGUGAGCAAAUGCUGUUGGAAAAAUGGCACCAAUAGGCUUGAUCAAUGCAGGGUUGCCACAAGCCUUCAAUUUGUAAGAAAACGCAGUAUCUGCGAAACACAAUAAAAUGAUAUAUCUAUAUUUGAGUACAUAAGGUGUACACAUAUUCUAAAUACCAUAUUUAUGUGCAUAUGAGAUGUAACCACACACUAAAUACCAUAUGUACAUGCAUAUAAGAUAUAUAGAAACUGAUAUACAUGACAUGUGUAUAAGAUAUAUGCACAAAAUAUCACAUAUACAUGUAUAUGUGGUUCAACCACACACUAAAUGCCACAUAUAUAUGUAUAUAAAAUAUAUGUGAUCUUAUAUCUGUGUGCUAUGGUACUAAAUACCAUUUAUACCUGUAUAAAUGUGUAAUGUGUAAUCAUGCACACUAAAUACUACAUAGGCACGUGUGUAAGAUAUAUGUAAACUGAUUAUAUAUACUACAGUUCUGAAUACCAUAUACAUUGGCAUAUAAACUAUUUACACAGAACAAAUACCAUAUAUACAUAUAUAAGGUAAAUAAACUCUAAAUACCAUAUUCCCUGUAAAUAAGGUGUAUAUAUAAAGAUAUACUAAAUGCUGUACAUACAUGUAUAUAAUAAGGUCUAUUAGUACAUGCUCACAUGAAAUACCAUAAUUACAUUAAUACAUGUAACUACACCAAAUACCGUAUAUAUGUAUAUACAUGUACUCUAGUAAAAACUGUAUUUCAUUUACUCCAAGAGACCAUAGGUUGAAAGAAAACAUGAUUUUAUCUCACUAAGGAAAAAAAAAGAAUCUGCCAAAUAAACCACAAUAUACCGUCAGUGGUAAGACACAUCCUAAUUUUGGAGAUAUUAAACUAUGAAAAAA